AUGAGGAAAUACUUAGAUACUGGUCUCUGCAUGAAGACAGAAAAAUCACCAAACAAAGAUUUGGAAUCAUAUUUAGUAAAGUGUGGGAUAAAGCUGCAACACCAGCUGGCUUUGAGCACCAGCAAAGCUGGAUUUGAGGCUACAGGGAUCUACCCAUUCAAUCCAGAUCGGAUCCCAGAGGAAGCAUAUGCUCCAAGUAUUCCUACUUAUAACCCCAUGCCAAUUGUUGAUGAUAAGGACACUGACACUGAUGUAAGUGAAAGUCUCCUUCAUGAGGCUGCUUCAAAUAUAAGUGCAAUUAAUACACCUUUAAGCGAUAAUAACUUUAAUUCUCUUUCUGCUUCUACAGAGCAGAUUGGAAAUUCUGCCACUAACCCGUGUCAAAAUAUUACCGUUUGUAAUGAACCGAAAAAAUCUUUCUAUGAUAUGUUGAAAACUCCUUAA